GGGCCGAGCCGGCCGGGCACGGAGUGCGGGUCGGUUUUGUGCACGCUGCUGGACAAGGCUCUCGCCGCCGAGUGACCCGCCUCCGCCCCGCAGCCCGGCCGGGAUCCUGGUAGCUAAUGUCAGAAGAAAGUGACUCUCUCAGAACCAGCCCUUCUGCGGCCUCACUCUCCGAAAAUGAGCUGCCACCACCACCUGAGCCUCCUGGCUAUGUGUGCUCGUUGACAGAAGAACUGGUCACCAAGGCCCGGGAAGAGCUGCAGGAGAAGCCAGAAUGGAGACUUCGGGAUGUGCAGGCCCUUCGUGACAUGGUGCGGAAGGAGUACCCAAACCUGAGCACAUCUCUUGAUGACGCCUUCCUCCUGCGCUUCCUCCGAGCCCGCAAGUUUGAUUACGACCGGGCCCUGCAGCUCCUGGUCAACUACCACACCUGCAGGAGAAGCUGGCCCGAAGUCUUCAAUAACCUGAAGCCAUCAGCCUUAAAAGAUGUCCUCGCUUCCGGGUUCCUCACUGUGCUGCCCCACACUGACCCCAGGGGCUGUCAUGUCCUCUGCAUCCGUCCAGACAGAUGGAUACCGAGCAAUUAUCCAAUUACUGAAAACAUCCGAGCCAUAUACUUGACAUUAGAAAAACUCAUUCAGUCUGAAGAAACCCAGGUGAAUGGAAUUGUAAUUCUUGCAGACUACAAAGGAGUGAGCUUAUCAAAAGCAUCUCAUUUUGGCCCUUUUAUAGCCAAAAAGGUGAUUGGCAUCCUCCAGGAUGGUUUCCCCAUUCGGAUAAAAGCAGUCCAUAUCGUGAAUGAACCUCGAAUAUUUAAAGGCAUUUUUGCCAUCAUUAAACCAUUUCUGAAGGAGAAAAUAGCAAACAGAUUCUUCCUCCAUGGGUCUGACCUGACCUCUCUCCACACAAACCUUCCAAGAAGUAUUCUUCCCAAGGAGUAUGGGGGCACGGCUGGAGAGCUGGACACAGCCACCUGGAAUGCGGUACUGCUGGCCUCAGAGGACGACUUUGUGAAAGAGUUCUGCCAACCUGUCCCCGCCUGUGACAGCAUCCUGGGCCAGGCAUUGUUGCCUGAGGGACUGACUGCAGAUGCGCAAUGUGAUGACUCCAUGCGAGCUGUGAAAUCACAGUUGUACUCCUGCUAUUAGUCAGUCCCCGUGAGUGUCACCUUUGAAUCCUCUCCUAUUUUCUUUGGAGAGGCACAAGGAGAAUUUAAGGUGCCAAGGAUUUGGUCUUGUUCCUUGUAAUUGAGCAGCAUGGAGGAACAGCCUGUGGAGUUUUGAGGGUGAGCCCAUCAUGAGGUAAGCCUUUGGUUACUUGAAUUAUUCCAUGGAAGACACAGAAAAUGUCCCCAUUGAUUCCCAACCAUUUAGAAUCCCAGUUUACAACUAUUAAUCUGAAAGCUGUAUCUGCUUGUUACACAUCUUGGAAGCAAGAAAAACCAGUACCAAAGUCACUUUGAUCCUACUUUUCAAGAGAAAACAAUUUGAUGGCCAGUCAGUACUACUACUAUGAAACAGUUUGGCCAAACCUGUAAGGUGGCCAAAUGGGAGACUUUGGGAGUUCGUCUUUCACAUGAACCCUUAUGACAGACACUCUGUUGCUCAUCAGGAAACUUCAAGUUUGAGGUCCAGGCCCCAGUUGCCAUCACUGGGUUUGGAAAGCACCUUAACUGAAUCAUGCAAGCAUCAAGACAUACGCAGCACUUCCUGAUCAAAUUUGGAAGCCACAGAUCUUCAGAGCACCUCUGGAAUUCAUUGGUUGAAUUUUGCAACAGAAGCUCAAGUUUUCCCUAACCCAUAGAGCCUUAGCCCUGGUUCUCAAAAGAAUCAUACAGGGUCCUAGAAGUACAGUUGAGUGCUACAUAUCAAUGUUUCAGUCAACGAGGGGCCACAUAUACAACAGUAGUCGGAGCAGUAGGCUAUACCAUAUAGCCUAGGUGGGUAGUAGGCUAUGCCACCUGUAUUUGUGUAAGUACACUCUAUGAAGUUUACACAACAACAAAAUCGCCUGAUGACCCAUUUCUCAGAAUGUAUCCCCAUUUUUAAGUGACACAUGACUGUAUAAUUUUACUCAACCCAAAAUACUGGAUUCCAAGUGUUUUGCUAAAAGAAUUCUGGCCUGGGAAUCAGAAACCUUGGCCCCAGGUGUGUGAUCAGACAAGUCAUGGGCCUCUGGGCCUCAGCUUUCUCAUCUGUAAAAAUGAGGCUGGAUGUCUAGGGUCCUUUUGGCUGCUAAUGUUCUGGGAUUUGGUUGUUACUGGAUGUUACUUUCUGUCUAGAAAGAUUACUAUCUAAAUACAAGUGGUUGGAUCCUG